GCCCAAGGCUCAAGAUGACACCCAACAGCACCGGGGAGGUGUCCAGCCUCAUUCCCGUGGGGACCGUGGGGCUCUCCCUGGCCCUGGCAAGCCUCAUUGUUGCUGCCAACCUACUCCUGGCCCUGGGUAUCGCCCGGGACCGCCAUCUGCGUAGCCCACCUGCUGGCUGCUUCUUCCUGAGCCUGCUGCUGGCCGGGCUACUCACAGGACUGGCACUGCCCAUGCUGCCGGUGCUGUGGCGCCAGAGCCGCCGGGGCUACUGGUCCUGCCUCUUCCUCUACUUGGCUCCCAACUUCUCCUUCCUUUCUCUGCUCGCCAAUUUGCUGCUGGUGCACGGGGAGCGCUACGUGGCAGUACUGUGGCCACUCCGGCCCCACGGGAGCACACGGCUGGCCCUGCUCCUCACCUGGGCCAGCCCCCUGCUCUUUGCCAGCCUGCCCGCCCUGGGGUGGAAUCACUGGAGCCCUACUGCCAACUGCAGCUCCCAGACUGUCAUACCAGCCCCCUACCUCUACCUCGAAGUUUAUGGCCUCCUGCUGCCCGCUGUGGGGGCUGCCACUCUUCUCUCUGCCCGAGUGUUGGUUACCGCCCACCGCCAGCUGCAGGACAUAUGCCGGCUGGAGCGGGCAGUGUGCCGUGAUGCGCCUUCCACCCUGGCCCGGGCCCUUACCUGGAGACAGGCCAGGGCACAGGCUGGAGCCACGUUGCUCUUCGUGCUGUGUUGGGGGCCCUACGUGGCCACAGUGCUCCUAUCAGUCCUGGCCUAUGAGCAGCGUCCACCACUUGGGCCUGGAACUCUGUUGUCCCUCAUCUCAUUAGGCAGUGCCAGUGCAGCGGUUGUGCCUGUGGCUAUGGGUCUAGGUGAUCAACGUUACAUGGCCCCAUGGAGGGCAGCUGCCCAAAGAUGGCUGCGGGUGCUGCGAGGAAUAGCCUCCAGGGACAGUCCUGGCCCUAGCACUGCCUACCACACCAACAGCCAAAGUAAUGGUGACCUGGACUUGAACUAGAAGAAGGGCCACUGCUGACUCCAAGAAGCGUCCAUCUAUCUUAGCCACCAAGCUGUUUCCACAUGCCCUGCUUCUCUGGAUCAGAGACCCUGCCCCUAUUUGAGCCCACCCUGACCAAAUAAAGCUCCUCUGGCCGUUUGCAGUUUAGUCUAUAUCUCAGGAAAGGAAGCAGGUGGAAGCCCGUGGAAAGAACCUAAAGACAAACUGCGUACCAAAGGAGAUUCCACCUCCAAAGAAGCAAGUCAUUGUCAGCAGGAACAAGCACUGCUUGAGACAGUAGACUGAUGCAUCUCGACAUCCGGCAGUGUGAGAGAGCCUCACCCUGAC